AUGGGAAGUGUUACUGGAAAGGAAGUUGACUCUCCUUCCAUUCUACAGGUAUCUGCGGCUGGGUAUGACAGACAAGGAGUCGCUGAUCAUGCUAAUAAUCUUGCUUCGAAAAUUCGUAACAAUUUGACAAACUCAAUGAAAGCGCUUGGAGUGGACAUACUUACUGGUUUUGGAACCAUAUUGGGCCCUCAAAAGGUGAAAGUUGGCUCUUCAAACAAAGUAGUAACUGCUAAAGAUAUCAUCAUUGCUACUGGGUCUGUUCCUUUUGUACCAAAGGGCAUUGAAGUUGAUGGGAAGACUGUGAUUACCAGUGACCAUGCACUUAAACUGGAGUCUGUUCCUGAUUGGAUAGCAAUUGUAGGAAGUGGGUAUAUUGGCCUUGAAUUCAGUGAUGUCUAUACAGCACUUGGAAGUGAGGUUACUUUUGUAGAGGCUUUAGAUCAACUUAUGCCUGGAUUUGAUCCUGAAAUUAGCAAGUUGGCUCAGAGGGUCCUUAUAAAUCCCCGGAAUAUUGAUUACCAUACUGGAGUUUUUGCCACCAAGAUCACACCUGCAAGGGAUGGAAAACCUGUCUUGAUCGAACUUAUUGAUGCAAAAACUAAGGAGCCAAAGGAGACUUUGGAGGUGGAUGCUGCACUAAUAGCAACUGGCAGGGCUCCAUUCACACAAAAUCUUGGAUUGGAGAAUAUUGAUGUCGUAACACAGCGUGGCUUUGUUCCCGUGGAUGAGCGCAUGCGUGUAAUUGAUGCAAAUGGCAAACUGGUGCCGCAUUUAUUCUGUAUUGGUGAUGCAAAUGGCAAGAUGAUGCUUGCUCAUGCUGCCAGUGCGCAAGGAAUUUCAGUGGUUGAACAAGUUACUGGAAGAGAUCAUGUGCUGAAUCAUUUAAGCAUCCCAGCUGCUUGUUUCACUCAUCCUGAAAUAAGCAUGGUUGGGUUAACAGAGCCUCAAGCAAGGGAGAAAGGGGAAAAAGAGGGGUUUGAAGUAAGUGUUGCCAAAACAAGUUUUAAAGCCAACACAAAGGCCCUAGCAGAAAACGAAGGAGAGGGACUUGCCAAGUUGAUAUACAGGCCUGACAAUGGAGAGAUACUGGGAGUUCAUAUUUUUGGUUUGCAUGCAGCAGAUCUCAUCCAUGAAGCAUCCAAUGCUAUAGCAUUAGGGACACGUAUUCAGGACAUAAAAUUUGCAGUUCAUGCACAUCCAACCUUGUCCGAGGUUCUUGAUGAACUAUUCAAAUCAGCAAAGGUUAAAGAACAAGCUUAUAGCCCAGUAAGUGAACCAGUUGCAGUCUAAUCUUCCCAAACAAAGUUAAAAUUUUGAAGAAAUUUACUUGUAUUAGGGACUUCCAAAUUAUAAUGCAUCUUCAGGAGGAAGACAAGACACUCAGAAUCCUGUAAAUGAGGGGAACAGUUGGAGGAGGGAGAUCAAUAAUGGCCUGAUAAUGGAUGAACGCCCAAGAAUACAUGUUCUGGUUUCUUUUCUACUUGCUAUUCUUAGUGCCUGUAAAAGAUGCUUAUCUUCAUUAUUAUUGCAUUUUUUAAACUAGUUUGCUUCAUCUAAUUAUAGUCAAUGAGAAAACCUUUUUGAGAAA